CGUUUCUUUUGAGCAUUUACCCACGGAAAGUUUAAAUACAAUGGGAAAGUGAGGGGCUUGUAUAAAUUACUGUUAGUAUUAGCAGAGAUGUCAGCUUUGAUUAAAAAUGGCCACUUGAUCUCUUGAUCUCUUAUCCGUCUGACAUCAGCUUCUUCAAAGCACCGCUCUUUUCCUCUUUUUGUUAAACAAGAUAGAAUCCUUUUCCUAAUCCUUCUUUAAUCUAUUUUAUAACAUCCUCAAACCCAACUUCCGUUUGCUAUAUAUGUGUACUCAUUUGAGACUUGAUUCUUGUUUACCGUGGAGAUUGUUUGGUGAGAGGCGUAUUCGCUGCAAGGCAUUCAGAGUCAUAUUGGAUGCAUUUGUAAGAUGGCUGGCAAGGGAGGCUAAGUUCUAUAAAUUUUCCAUGGCUACAAGCGGUAAGGACAUGUUUGCCUCCACCAAAAUUUCAUGGUAUUGUGAACUUGAGUCUAAUAACUCAAUAUUCGGAAGGAUAUGCUUCAGGUUCACUUAUGGAAUAGCAUUGACUCUUCUUCUCUUUGAGAUAAAAAGCUCUUUAGCAAUACAAAGGGGAUCUGCCUAUUUUUUAGCAUCCUCUGAAACUCGGUACUGUAUAAUUGCAACUUGCAUCUCCAAUGCUUAUGAAGCAGCUUAUAGUGGAUUAUAAUAUUCAUUAUAUUUGUAUUAUUUAUAAGAGGGGUAGCUGAUGCAUAGUUAGGUUUCAAAUUAAAAUUCCUAUCCUGCAUCUCUUUGCCCAUGGUAAAGGUUCAUGAUGCUAGAGGUAAAGCAUUGAUGACCUGUAUUAACAAAUUAUCCUGUAUCUCUCACCACAGGAUUUAUUACUUGAAUUAUUUAUGAAUGGAGUGCCUUUAGCUUUAGAAAUGUGGUCCCCUUCCUUGUGAUAAGUAACAUUUUUCAGAAAGCUUGCAAAUGACUACAAUCUGUAAGGUGUUGAAGAAACACGCUAUGAUGUCUGACCCUGAGAUCUCCAUUAACUUUCGCAUUCAGCAUGAAUGUGUAUCAACAGAUGCAGCAUGUGUUCUUGAAACCGAACCUUCCCUUUUACCAGGGCUUCCUGAUGAUGUUGCUAAGCAUUGUCUUGCACUUGUUCCACGUAGUGAUUUUCAGUCCUUGGGAUCUGUUUGUAAGAGAUGGAGAAAAUUCAUUCAGAGCAAAGAAUUCAAUGCAUCCAGAAAACUGGCAGGUACUUUAGAAGAGUGGCUUUACAUACUUACAAAGGAUGAAGAAGCUGGAAGAAUCUACUGGCAGGUUCUUAACUCUGUUAAGGCUGAAUGGGAGUCCCUUCCACCUAUGCCUGGUCCUGCCAAGACAGAAUUUGGUAUUGUUGUGAUGGAUGGGAAACUUCUCGUUAUGGCUGGCUUGUUUGAAGAUGAUGCUGGUAUCGCAACUGCUUCAGCAGAUGUUUACAAAUAUGAUUGCGCAUUAAACAUGUGGAGUAAGCUUCCAAGCAUGAAUGUUGCUCGCUAUGACUUUGGUUGUGCUGAGGUUGAUGGUCUGGUUUAUGUUGUUGGUGGGCACGGAAUGGGAGGUGAAUCUCUCUCUAGUGUUGAGGUGUUUGAUCCAGAAGAAAACCGGUGGACAUUGACAGAGAGUUUAAGGCGUCCCAGGUGGGGUUGUUUUGCUUGUAGCCUUGAAGGAAGGUUAUAUGUCAUGGGUGGCCGAUCAAGCUUAAUGAUAGGAUAUUCGAGGUGCAUUGAUAUCUACAACCCUGAAAAUCAUAGAUGGGAUGAAAUGAAAAAUGGAUGUGCUAUGGUUGUUGCCAAUGCUGUUUUGGACAAGCGACUCUUCUGUAUAGAGUGGAAAAAUGAUAGGAAGUUGGCAAUUUUCAACGCCCCAGACAGUUCAUGGGAAAGAAUUCCUGUGCCACUUGUGGGAAGCAUGAGAGUAAACUUUUGUUUUGGCAUCCUAGGGGGGAAUCUGUUGCUCUUUUCCACCCAAAAUGAUCCCUAUUAUAAGACACUUGCAUAUGACCCACAGGCGGUGCCAGGGUCAGAGUGGCAAACAACAGAUAUUAGGCCGUUGGGUACUUGUUUAUGCAGUGUGACAAUUAUUGCAUAAACCAAAAACGGAUCAGAAAAUUGAAAAGAAAGCUCCAGAUGGAAUUCUUUGCUUUUAUAAAAUUUUCAAGAAUAAGUUGGUUUAGAUCAAAUGGUAUCUUACCAAUUGCUUUAUUUGCUAGAUGGGCCAACUGCAAUAAAAUUUAGUUUAUUGAUAUACUUUCAGCAAUGGAAGAAUUUUCAAAUUUUGCAUUUA